AGACGUGACUAUGUCCUUGAUGGAUGAGACAGCCUCAGACCUUCCAGUAAAGGACACAGACUGCACACCGACGGUAUUGAGGGCUAUACAAGAUGUAAUAACAGGAUCCAACCAGCAAAGGAUGUUGAUGCAGAAAUCUUCCAAAAUGAAAGAAAAAGAUGUGAAGACCAGACGCAGAGUGGCUUUGAUAUCCCGUGAAGAACUGGAGGACAAGUUUCUACGGCUUCAUGAAGAGAAUCUGCUACUUAAAGAAUAUGCCAGGAAGCAGGAGGACAAAAUGAAGAGAAUGGCAACUAAACUGCUCCGUCUAACAUCGGAUCAUGGGCAGCAUGAAGUAAAGAAAGCCAGAAAAGAUGGCCGAGAUUUGGAGGCUGAGGACACUAUGGAGAACUUACAAGAUCGCGUGAGAGACCUGGAACGCAGAAAUGAAGCCUUAAGGCAAAGACUGACUACAUAUAAGCAGCGCCUUCAGCUGCAGGAUGGUUGCAGACAUUGUCCCUAUGGCGCAAUAUCAGCACGCAUAAAUUCCGGUAUUAGAAAAAACACAACAUUGCCAGAAAAAUAUAAGAAGGGUUUACGUCUGCAAGGUCUAGACACGGGUCCGCCACGAGUAGCUGCUGAUUGUGGGGAAACUCUCAGUGAUGAAGCCAGAGCUGAAAUUGAUAGACUAUUUCAAAUUAUCAACAGGCAAAACUGCAAUAUGGAUGAGAAAGCUGCAGUUAUAUUGAAGCACAUGGCUGCUGCCAAGCCUAAGGAUCUGGAGACUGAAAUGCUGCUUUCUCUGCAGCAUGUGCAGCAGGCUGAGGACCAGCGAAAAAUCAUCCAAGAAAACGUCAUGAAUAUUCGUCUUCAGAAGGAGCUCAGGGAGAAGAACACAAGUCUCUGUGCCCUCAGAGAGCAAUUUCAACAGCUCAAAGAGUCUUAUGAGACAGAAAUACAAGAGAAACAGAAAUCACUGACAAUAAGUCAUAAGGCUGUGUUGAUGCAGUUGGAGGAGCUCAGCACACAGCUGAAAGAAGAGAGGAGUAAAGUUGUGGCACUGGAGGUGGAUCAGCUAAAAAUGGCUAAUCUUCAGAGAUCACUGGUUGAGUAUGAAGAAAGGGCAAUUGAACUGGAAAGAGAGAAAGACCUUCUUAAGGAACACUAUGGAAACCUUCUAAAAGGUUCUUUGGACCUAGAGCGGAGUAACUCCUCGAAAGUGGCAGAAGAAGAGUUAAAAGGACUUCUUACAAAACUGGAGGCACAAAUUAAAUGCUAUGAAUCUGACCUGACAAUCAGCAAGGAACAAUUACAGCAUGCAAGAGAGCAAAGUGAGCAGUUUAAACAAGACAUUUCCAGGCUACAGUGCCAGCUGUUAGAAAAAAGGCAAGAAAUCAACGAUCUUCAGGAUAAAAUAUCAGCCCUUUCAUCUUCCUGUUCUGCCAGAGAAGUAUCUCGUGAGCAGGAUAUGACACUGCAGAAACCACAGAGUCACAUACCAGAAGACUAUUGGAUAUUAAAGAAAAUGUUCAGUGAAAAAGAGGAUUUGUGGAAUACAUACAGAGAAGGAAAGAGACAAGCAGAAGAAGAGGAUAGGAGCCAAAUCCAAGCUGAGAUGGAGGAAAGCAGAAGAUGCAGAGAUCUCAGAAUGGAGGUGCAGGAAGAGGAGAGAAGAAAGCCAGAACAGGAGACACAGAGGAAACUGCUAGAGAUGGAUGCUGCUCAUGCUGAGACUAUUUUAGAACUUGAGAAAACUCGGGAAAUGCUUAUUUUGCAGCAUCGGAUUAAUGAAGAUUAUCAGGAAGAGCUGAAGUCAGUGAAACUUAGAACAGAGUGUGAAAGUCGUGAAAUUGAAGAACGUGAGCACCACUAUGAGGCCAGACUGCUUAAACGCAACUCCAGAAUCCAGAUGUUGGAAGCUCAGCUAAAGGACAUUGCAUAUGGCACAAUUCCCUACAGACUUAAUGUUGAAGAUUCCACCUCUGCUGAAGUUGGUACUUCUCCACCUCCCUCUCUACAUCGUGGAGAAACUCUGUUUGAGAUUUAUAUUGGAGCGAUUUGUUUCUCACUGCAUGGAAUAAGGGUUGUAGAUGACCCUCAACCCGUCACCUUCUGUAUCUAUUCCCUGUAUGACUUUGAGACACAUGCAACCCCUGUUGUGACUGGAAUCCAACCACAAUUUAAUUUUACCUCUCGCUAUGCUGUAACCCCAGAUCCAGAAUUUCUGUGCUACUUAAGGGUGGGUACCAUGACAGUGGAGCUUUAUCAAGUCAUAGGUGGGGAGCACAGUGAGUUGGCAAGAGGACGACUAAGGUUGGACACAGCUCUACAGAGUACAGACAGAGUCCAUGGCACCAUAAUUAUGACAGAUGCCAACGGGGAAAAUAUGGGAGAGCUUGACUACUGGUUGCGGCUGCACGGACCCAUGUCGCAGGCUCAGUGUCUGCAAAGGCAAAAAAGUAAAGCUAAGGUUUACUUAUCUACUCGCAAAAACACUGGGCUAGGAAAGGGUUGGGCACCUCAGAUAAACAGUGGAAAUCAGAAUGCAUUGAUCAUCCAUAUCUGGGGCUGCAGAAGUCUAAAAACAAGCACUCUGGGGCAUCAACCAAGUCCAUAUAUAGUAUAUCGUUUUUUUCAUUACCCAGACCACUCCAGCAAUAUCAUACCCUGUAGCAAUAACCCCCAGUUUGGGAAUGAAGCUGUCUACCCUGUUCACUUAACAAAUGAUCUAGAAUGUUAUCUGCAGAAAGAGCGUCUCUAUAUUUAUGUGUUUGAUGAUGAAGAGACCCAGCCAGGAGCAUACCUGGGAAAGACAGAGGUGUCUCUGCACAGCCUGGCUCAAGGUGCCAGUAUUCAAGGUGAUUUUGCACUUAUAAACCCAUGUGGUAAAUGUGCAGGGACAGUGCAGUUAAGUAUGGAAUGGAAAUUUCCUUAUCACGCUCCAGGAAAGAGUCUUUGGGAUUCAGUCACCAGUGGUCAAGUGAUUCGGAGAAACAGUCAAGAGGUUCCAUUUUCAGAGGGAAAAACGCACGGCAAGCAAUUGCCUAAAGAGGACCUAAGCAGAUCAAGGCCAACCAAAUCCCGUAAAGCUGAAGAAGAUCUGCAUAGAGAUGUUUUAUCUAAUAAAAGGGGAAGAAGAGAUGGUCACAUAAUUAAGGACUUUAAUGUAGCUGAACACCAAAGAGAUGAGAUGGACAUGACUGCGCAGGAUAUUGCAGUAGGACAAGAAGAACCACAAGGUCAGAUUGAUCAACUGAUAUAUGAAGAAGCAAAUGAGUCAGAUCAUGAAACAACGUCUAUGCAUUCUGAUAAGUUCCUAAAAGAAAAUGAUGAGAAUAACUUGAGUGAACCACAGUUGGAAAACAAUGGCAGUGAUGAUGAUGAUGACGACAUGGUUGUAGUGGCACAACCUCUAGUUCCAUAUAAGCUGCCAUCAACCAGGAUUCGUGUAGAAAUCGCCUCUCUGACACUCGAUCCAUGUUCAGAGGUGGUGGCUGAUGGAUCAGUGGAAAGAGUGUUUGUGGAGUUUCAAUUUGCAGGAGUUCCCGCUGAAGAAACAGAGACUCCUUUGUCACUUCGCAAACCUAGUCAAGGAGAGGAAAUAUACUACCACUUCAACAAAGUAAUUCACCUGGAUGGCAAAGAACAUGCAGAUCGCAGACAUUUCCUUUACAUGCUUUUGGAGGGAUCAGACACAGAGGGAGAAAGAGUAAGGUUAAAAUUUACAGUAGUAAGCGAUCCAGUGAAUGAAGAUGAUGACGAUUGUCGUGAUGUUGGGUAUGCUUAUUUGGACCUGCGGCAUCUUUUACGAAGAUCUGUAGAUCCAGCAGAGGAAACUUUGCAGAUAAUAGAUGUAUCAGACCCCAGAAAAACAAUUGGAUCUUUGCAUGUGAUAAUAGAGGCCAAAGAAGCAGCUCGGGAAGUAUAUAGAGAGAAGAGGAUCAUGAAAUCAUCAUCAUCACCUUUAAUCUUUAUAAACUAAAAAAAUAUAAGAUACAAAAAUGAUAUGCUACUAAUGAUAUAAAGAUAUGCACUGCUCAGAGAUUCAAACUUGGAAAACAUAUUUCCCCUUAACAGGACUUUAAUGGCCCUAGUGAUUGAAGAAUCAAUCACGAUAUGCGAUAAAGAAAGUAUAAUUGGAAAAAGUUAUAGAAAAAUAUAAUUUUGUUUAAUACAUCAAAUAUAGCUAAUAUGGAGUUUCAAUUUAUAUGCAAUCAGGCAGGCCCUUGCACUACAUGGUUUUGGUAAAU